AUGGGUGCACAGCAAAACCAACACCGCCUACAUUUCGCGACGGAACGAACGACCGGUGAGAGGCGAUCAAAUCUCAGGUUGCUCAGGACGUCAUUGAUUCUGGACCAAGGCGACACACGCAUGGCUCGCCAUGGAGGCUGUCUCAGACUGUGUACUUACAACGCGAGAACAGUGUCUACAGACGCUGACCUGCAUGCCCUUCUCGGAGCUGCAGAGCGUAUCAAAUUUCACGUGAUUGCUCUGCAGGAGACUAAGUGCAGAAGGAGCGACGAGCGACAGAUGAAUGACGGUACACUCGUCAUUCGUGGAGAGAAAGUUGUAGGAGCUGGAGGAAGUAAUCCGCAACGAGAAGUCCUUCUACAAAUUCGUUGUCGGAGACUUCAACGCAAAACUAGGAAAGGCUACAGAAGAGGAAUACAGGAUUGGAAGAUUUGGACUAGGGGACCGGAAUGA